AUGGAUUCACAUCAUAAGAGUGGCUUUCCAUCAAAAGAAGAUCUUAUGAGCAGUAACAAAAUUAGCUUCAUAGAUGCUGGAAAAGAUUAUCCUUCCAUCGCUGUUGAUUCCGAAAGAAAUGCAAAAAAAGAAAUGCACUAUUUAGCAGAUAAUAUUGUCGAAAUUUUUGAAUGGUUUGAAUAUGUCAAAGCAGUUAAAAGGGCAAUUUCUCUGAUAAAUGGAGGAUUGCUAAAUUUCGAAAGUUGUACAUCAGAUGUUAACACUUUGAUUCCAGGUUUAAUUGCAGGAAUUCUCAGCUCAAGGAGCGCAGUUGUAAAAUCAACAUGUCUAUUUAUAUCAUUACUUGCUCAAAAGCUAAAAUCGAAAAUAACGAUUAUCGCUAACAUCAUAGAUUACCUUUCCAAGCAAACAUCCAAUGGAACAAUGAUUAUUGCUCAUUCUUGUCAGCUUACUAUACUUGAAAUUGUCAAAAAUUGUCCAAAAUCUCAAAUCCUCAAAAAUGUUUUCGACCUUUUAAGGUCUAAAGCAACUAUAAAUCGAAAAAUUGUAUCUGAUGCAAUUUUGUUUAUAUUAGAUAACUGGCCGGAGUCCAUUAUUGAAAAUAAUUCUGAAAAAAUUAAGAAAGCACUUCUUAAGUUACUAAAUGAUUCCAAUGCAGAAACUCGACUCAAUGCUAAAUCAGCUUCCAAACUGUUAAUUGAAAAAUACCCAAAUUACAAACAAGAAUUACUCGAAAAUUUGAAUUCGAAGCAAAGGGAAGCAAUUUUAAAUGCCCAAAUUCCAAAAAUGCCACAAGAUAAUGAAAUUUCUGAAGAAAAUGAUCAAGAUUUUCAAGAAAUUGUUUUCAAAAAUCCAAGAUUCAGCGACACCAUCAAUGAAUCAGCAUCAAAUAAUUCCCACUCAAAAAAGAAAUCAAAAUUGCCACAAAGGAGAAGUAAAUCAAUGAAAUUCAAGCUUGAUAACGGAAAAGAAAAUGAAUUUCUUCAAAAGAUCGAAGAAUCACGCUCCAAUCAAGACAACAAUUUCAUCCGAUCAAAUAUCAUAUCAAUAGUUCACGGACUGAUGAAUACCAUAACAAUUAAUGAAGGAGAAUUCACAGAUAGGACAUUAAUGUUAAUUUAUUAUCUUAUUCAAGAGUACCCAAAGGAUUUCGAAAACUCAUUAGGAAAAUUAUUCCAAGUAUUCUUUGGUAUUACUGGAGAUAAUGAAUUAGUUAGAAGUAUCUUAACAAUUAUCACAGAUUCGUAUGAUCCGAACUUGCUUAUAGAUUACUGCGCUGCACAACUCCCAUCAGUAUUUCUAUUGUCUUACAUAGCAGAAAUUGUUGGUUUACAGGGCGACAAAUUCUCAAAUAGAGAAUCUGAUUUGAAAUUACUGAAAAUUGCAGAACGACAAUAUAAGAAUCAUGAAGCAGAAGCAAAGAAGAUUACAUUAUUUAUUGCAGAAAAUAAUAAAUUGCUUCUCAAAGAAUUUCGAAAUUCUUGCAGCGAAGAUUUUCUAUUUAUUAUUGAUGAGAUUUUAUGCAAUGAUGAAGAAGAUGUUUCAAUACCAGAUUAUAAUCCCGAAGAAGAUUUUGAAGAGUGGGGAGAAAACUUAUUCAAUCUAAUCAAGUCUUUAACCGAUGAUGAAUGGCAGGCAAAUAGAAGGCAAAUUUACGAAAAGAUUGUAGCUGCAAUCGAACCUGUUGAAAUCAAAGAAACAGUUUUUGAUUUACUAUUUAAUAUUAUUGAUAUGAAAGGCAUUGAAGAAUAUGAUGUUUUCUUGUGUGGGCUAUUUACCGCUCCUGGAUUUAAGCGAUCUGUAAGCUCUAGAAAGAUCCUCCUGACAAUAGAAGACACAAUGACUCCAGAAGAGAUAAUAAAUAUGUUAUAUGAGCCUUUGGAUGGUGAAAACAAGCAAUUUGCAGCGGCGUGCAUAAAUGAAAUAUCAUUCCUUGCUGUUAAUUAUAGAGAUAUUAUUGAAGAUCAAUCAGAAUCAAUUACUAAUAAACUAAUCGACUAUUUGAGCAACAACAGUAUUGUAAUCAGAAAAGCAGCAGUUUUAUGCAUUGCAACUCUUGCAAAUGAGUUUGGUUCUAACAUAAUGAAGAUUAUAAGGACUUUGCCAACUCCAAAGCAAAAACUUAUUGAUUCUUAUAUUGAAAAUAAGAAAUAA